UCUUCCGCAAGACACAGAAAAGCAGUUUUUCAAUAAUGUGAUCUUAAAACACGGGGCCAAUAUGCACAUUAUUAGGUGCACUAAACACUAACCAGGCGCCAUACUGAGGACUUUCGGCUCUUGUAGCUCGGGUCAUUGUUUUUGGUUUGCGCGCGUAUGGCAUAAGUGCAGUUGUAUCUCCUGCCCGGGCAUUCCUUGCCAUAGAGCAUGAGUUGUUUUCCCUCCACAAGUAUCUUCUUGCCAGACUUCAUAAUUCCUUGAAACAGCGACGUGACGCAGCUAUUUCCCGUCUAGGCCCGCCCCGCGUUUGUCUGUAGCAAGGGGCAAAGCGCUGCUUCUCUGCUUUAACCAAGUAGCUCAAUUUUUCAUUUCCCCUGAAGUGGAGUUAUCUGUGAAAAUGGGGAGCAGGUGAAGGAACCCACCUGUCCGCGUGCCGUGCUCAGACUCAGGUUGCUCCUGAUGGAUUGAAGUGGACCAUGGAAGUGCCGGGGAAGAACCGACAUUUAAUUAUAUCCAUUCUGCUUCUCUUGGUCCUGUCCAUCCCUGCUGCUGUGAGCCAGUGCCAGAAGGAACUAGAGUUUAAAACAGAUGACAAUCUUUGCUGUGAAAAAUGUCGUGCAGGUUAUAAGCUUGUGGACCCCUGCCAUGGGCCAAAUGAGAGGACCACCUGUGCAGUCUGCCCCAGUGGACAGUUCAUGGACAAACCAAACUACUCUCGUAACUGUCGCUCCUGCAGAAUCUGCAAAUCACAGUUCUUUGAAAUUGAAGUGUCAAAGUGUCAGAAGAACAAGGACACAGUGUGCCGCUGCAUGGAUGGAUACUACAAAUCCAACAUAGACACCUACAAAUACCAGUGCCUCGAGUGCCCAACCUGUAAAGAAAACGAACAAGAAACCAAGAAAUGUACCCCCGACUCAAAAACUGAGUGUAAAUGUAAAGACGGCUACUAUAGAGAGAAGAACAAGUGUCUGCCCUGCACUGGUUGUACCAAAGACUGCUUAGACCACUGCCCAAAAGAAGAGCUGUCCAGAGUUAUACCAGUGUCACAUUCCUCUCUCAUAAACGUGAUCGCUGGAGUGAGUGUGGCCGUCAUAGUCACAUUGGUGCUGGUGGUUACUGUUACACACUUUGCUACAAAACGUCAAACUACGAGACAGCUGCUGUCCUCCUCUCAGUUCAGAGAGACUCCACAAACAUUCGAGGAGCUUACAGUCCAUUGUGACGAGCCUUUAACCCAGUGUCUUCAGUCUCAGGAGGUGCCCCUCAGUGUGAUGAGCCUGGAGCAGUCUAACCUGCCCGACUGUGUCCCCCUGGAAGUAAAGAUGGCAGAGCUGAUCUACUCCGUGUUGGAUCUCGUGCCCGUGCUGCAGAUCAAACAGUUGGUGCGUUCUUUGGGGGUCAGCGACAUUGUGAUCGAGCGCGCCGAGCUGGACCACCGCUCGACAAAGGAGGCCCACUACCAGAUGCUCAGGGCCUGGGCGGAGCAGCGCAGCGUCACCUGUCCGGGGGGUGGACAGGUGCUGCACCUGCCACGAAUGCAAGAGCUGCUGGACAAACUGAGACUGAUGCACCUGGAGCAGACGGCGCAGGAGCUCGAGACAAAGUUUAACCUUCCGUGAAUUUUUCGACGCACUUCAACAUGGAGCAACGUGACCAAAAAAACCUGCAUUAUGCUUUUUAAAGGUGCACUAUGUCGCCACGGAGAUGAUAUUGCAUUGCUUAGAAUGUUUCACAGUAUGGCAUUAUCUAUUUCUAUGGACUCAGAGGAAAGCAGGUGAUGCCAUCAGACUGAGUUGUAGCUCAGAUCUGUGGAGAAUGUUUUUGUAUAUAUUUUUGAGCUGUAUAAACACCUAAAUAAAUGCAAUAUAUGUAAAUAUAAUGCCAUAUUGUGGAACAAUUCAGGCAAAGCACAGCAAUAACAAGGCGGACCUUUGACCAAAAAGGUUACUAGUGCAGCUUUAAAUACUUUUGUGCACCUUACCCUUUGUAUUUUUUAAAUAUUUUUUGUAUAUGAGAAUGUAAAAGUCUAUAGAGAAGUAAUACUGCCAUAACCACAGUACAUGUCAGACAAUUACUGCGCCCUCUGCUGGCUGACAACGACAUGGGCUUUAAAGCAGCUUUAAAGAGGCACACAUAAAUGAUCAGAACAUGUAAGGAAUGGACUUUAAAAACAUGGAGGAGCACUUCUUGGCAGGGAUUGCUCAAACAUGCAUGCAUUAAUGAGACAAAAUACAACUCCAGUUCCAAGUUUUUUUUUUGUUUUUUUUGUGAGAAUAUUAUUUUAACAUGACUGAAAGCAAAGACAGGUCAGGAUAAUAUUCAACAAAUAAGCCAAGUACUGUUUAAAAAGCUGUUUUAUUGUACACAACCAACAUUCUCAUGCAGUAAUCCUAGGAGUUAAAUAGGACAAGAUGAGGACACGUUGCACUGUUUUGCUGUUUUCCUUAGAUGCAAAGAACUGUUACUGUUGAAAAUAGAUUAUAUAUUUUGUAAGUUAGGUGCGGGAUUGGUAUUGGAGUGGGUUCACUUGGUCCGGGUUUAGUCCUGGUCUGGUCUUGGUUUAAUUUCAGGUUUUGUUCCAGUUUCAGUGUGGUGCGUGUGACUGUGGCCUUAACGUAAUUUGUGCACAAGUGAACCAAGAUGUGAAACUAACUGCAUCAUGGGUUUUGACUUCCUGUUUAUAGGUGCCAUUCUGAACACUUUUCACCUUUCAGAAGAUGCAAUAUUUAGUUUUGAAUCGUUUAUUGCCAUGCCAACGGUGCUAAUUUUUCUGAAACCAAGGAUAUAUUAACAAAGCAUAUUAUUAUCCAGAAACAAUUCAAUAUUUUGGAUGGACUGAUUGCUUCUCUGUAUAAUCCAGCUGUGUGCUCAAACUCGGACACUGUUCCUCACUCGUUCCUCCUAUCGCUCGGCCUCUUUCUUUCACGAUGAGUGCGUGAUUGACAGGUGGAUUUAACCAAUCACAGUGAAGUGAAGCAAGGACACUACUUCAGCGACCUCUUAUAGUCAAUAUAAACUCAGGAUUUCAACAUUAUGCUUUUAAAGGAUUAUAUAUUUUGAAACUCUCCUGUGCAAUUGUGAUGUAUUUUUACUGACUGCUGUAAAAUAACUGGGUUUUGUAGUCCUCUUUGACAUUUAAAAUCCCUCUCUUUAGGAUUUCCAGAGUCUAAUUUGCAUUCCUUUAAGCCCCAUCAUCUCAGCAUUACACAUAUGACAGACAAAAACAGCAGGACACACCUAUUUUCGUCUCUGCCAGGAACUUAAGACCAGUCUCGGCAUGUUAGUGAAUCACACACAGUCAAGCACAAACCAUUUUUAUCGCUUUUAUAAUUGCUCAGUGUUAAUAAGUGUUGUAUUGUAAUCCUACUGUAACAGAGACAUGUAUUCCACCAGCAAAGAUCAAUUUUAUAUUUGGUGAUUUUUUAAAAAAAAUAAAUAUAUUGUUAUUAUUACAUAA